AUGACCUGGAGUCAGGGCCAAAGUGACAUCGCAUCAGGAGAGGCGGAAGGCGCUGCCAGCCCGGGGUCUCUGGAGGACCGAGCAGCAGCGUUUGCCAUCGAGCAAGAGGGCAGGGACCCCGGGCUGGGGUACUGCGGAGGCCUGGCCGGGAGGAGUGAGGCUCCUGGGGGCCCCCCCGCUGGGGAGGUCGGCCGGGCCGCUGCGAGGGCCCCGGAACUGAGUGAUCUCGGCAGGACUGUGCCUGGGUGUCCAGCCCGGACAGCGGGAAGAGGCCUCCUCUCGCAGGACAGUGGCCGAUAA